GCUACAUAAAUCUGUAGCUAACUACAAAAAGUAGCGCGCUACUUAACUACUCCCCCAUCCCUGGAAACAAGGAGGUGGUCAUGAUGUUAUGCCUGAUUGGUGUAUGUGUUUAUCUUUUGUGCAAGUGAUAGAUAGUGAGGCUACAUACUCCAGUGACUUGAUGGAGGUAUCUGUGGACAUUAUAGAGCGAACCAAAUGUAACUCUCAAGAUGUCCACAAUGGCAGUAUCCUCCAGAGCAUGCUGUGUGCAGGAGAUCUGAAAGGAGGCAGAGACGCUUGCACUGGGGACAGUGGGGGUCCUUUGGUGUGUGAGGCUCAGAAUGGGCUCUGGUAUCUUGCUGGAAUAGUCAGUUGGGGAGUUAAAUGUGGGGAGCCAAACAAGCCUGGCGUCUACACCAAUGUAGCAUCCUUCUCAAAAUGGAUACACAGACAGCAGAACUUGUGAUUGCGGAAUAUGAAAAAGAUGAACCCAGGAUUCCAUGAGAAGCUGCUUCUUCACCAUCACGGUCUUCUGUGAAAGAGUUCCUCCUGCCUAAAUUACGCUUAUUGUCUGAAAAGACUUCUUCUAUUUAUUGGC